AUGUCUAUUCAAGUUGGCGAUAUUAUCCCCGAUGGUGUUCUUCACUAUGUUCCCUUUGAUCCCAAGGAAGAUAUCACGGCCUGUCCUCGUCCUAUCGCCUACAAGAUUCAUGAAAAGUUGAAGGGAAAAAAGGCUGUUAUUUUCGCUAUCCCAGGCCCCUUUACCCCAACAUGCUCCGAAUCUCACGUACCUGGUUUUAUCUCGGCCCAUGAGGCUCUUCAAUCCAAGGGUGUUAGUGAAGUCAUCUGCAUCUCUGUUGUCGAUGGAUUUGUAAUGAAUGCUUUUGCUAAAGCAUACAAAGCUGGAGAUAAGGUUAUUAUGGCUGGUGAUGGUAGUCACGCCUUCACCGACUCUCUUGGUCUUGCUCAAGAUUUAACCGCCAACGGUAUGGGCAUUCGCUCCAAGCGAUUCGCAAUUGUUGUUGAUGAUUUGGUUGUAAAGUAUGUUGGUAUCGAGACUGAACGCGGUGUUACUUCUUCUGGAGCUGAAGCUGUCCUCUCCAAAUUGUAA